AUGAACAAAAAGACGCUUCGCGAAGCGCGUUUGAGCGCUCGGACAGCGCUUGAGAGAGCUGGAAAUCUCCAAUUCAAACCAGUAUCCUCCGCAAAAUGGGUUGAUAUUGAACGUACUUGGACAGGGAAAGUCCACGUUCGUAUUGAACAUGACACUGUCCACGGCUGCACCCCGGAGAUGAUCCGUUGGUGGUUUGAAAAUUUGGGACGACACACUACCUGGGAUGGUGUAGGGCUUGGAGGCCCUGAAAUUUCUUUCUACCAUCUAUGGCAUCACCGAGACCAUAUCUCAGUUACUCCUCUUACUGGUGUGAACAACAAAGGCUUUGCGGUCCAUGAGAAAACCCGUCUUACCGAACAGUUCAACGAUUGCAAUGAUAAGAUCGACGUGGAUGUUUAUACGGAACGUCUUGAUGACAAGGAGUUCAAUUUUAUCAUCAAACGAUUCGGCCUUAUUGGCGUCCGUCUCAAUCAUUUUUACUCUGCUGAGAGUGAUGGGUCUCGAUUUUACGCAGAAACUAUCGUGGGGUUGGAUUUCCCUAUUAUUGGUUGGCUUUUUAAUUGGACUGUUCUACCCUUCUUGUAUUCAAGAAAGACUGCAGAGCACUGGAUCACUCAUAAUGUUGAGGAGACUGGAAGGUCGGAAUCCAUUAUUCCAGUGCUUUACAACCACGACAAGAGGGCUGGUCAGCCUUCUGACCAGGACAAUAUCCACGGAUUAAUGCUCACCCAAUGUUACUCUUCUUGUUUGUGGUAG